AUGCGGAAAUCGGGUUUUAGCAUCUUUCAAGCUGUAUACUGCUCUUCUUUGCUGAUUUUGAAGAUACUAUUAGAAAUGGCAGCUGAACUUGUUAAUGCAGCAACAAGUGAGAAACUUUCAGAAAUGGAUUGGACCAAAAGCAUUGAGAUUUGUGAAUUAGUUGCAAAUGAUCAUAGGCAAGCUAAAGAUGUCAUUAAAGCCAUCAAAAAACGUUUGGGAAGCAAAAGCAAAGAUACUCAACUAUUUACUGUUAUGUUGCUGGAGGUGUUGAUGAAUAAUAUUGGAGAACCAAUUCAUACACAAGUGAUUGACACUGGCUUGCUACCUGUACUUGUUAAAAUAGUCAAGAAAAAGUCAAACUCCAAUCUACCUGUACGAGAGAAGAUAUUUCUUCUUCUAGAUGCAACACAAACAUCUCUUGGUGGAGCUUCCGGAAGGUUCCCUCAGUAUUACUCUGCAUACUAUGAUUUAGUGAGUGCUGGAGUACAAUUCUCUCAAACACCUGAAGUUCUUCCAAAAAACAAUUCAACAGCUUCAGACAGCAGUAAAAGUAACUCAAGUAAUGGUGAAGUUGUGAUCAAUGGACAUGAUAGGAGUGCUCCACCAACUGUCCCACAAGUUGUUCCUGAUUCUAGUAUUAUUCAAAAAGCUGGAUCUGCACUAGAAGUGUUGAGAGAUGUUCUUGAUGCCAUUGAUACUAGACAUCCAGAGCAAGCUAAGGAUGAGUUCACUCUGGAUCUUGUGGAACAAUGUUCGUUUCAUAAACAACGAGUUAUGCAUCUUGCAGUUACUUCUAGGGAUGAAAAGACAAUAUCUCAAGCAAUUGAAUUAAAUGAUCAACUUCAAAAAGCACUUUCAAGACAUGAUAAUCUUAUUUCAGAUACACCAACACCUGCAGUCAACCAAAUUGACCAUGAAGAUCCAGAAGAAGAAGACCCUGAACAACUCUUCAGAAGGAUGAGGAAAGGAAAAGCGCGCGUAAGACCCGAAGCUGAAAACCACCAAACAGAUCGCCCAUUAGGGGUAUUAACGUCUUUUCCACCAGAUAGGCUUAACAGACCACUCACUUUGGAGCCAAAACAAGAACCAACCACCACCACCACUACCGCCGCCACAACCCGCCCGUCUGCCGCCGUGACAAUCCCACCGCCGCCUGCAAAACAUGUUGAAAGGGAGAAAUUCUUUCAAGAAAACAAAAAUGACGGUUCUGCCCUUGGUGGACACAUGAGGGGCCUCUCUUUACACAGCCGAAAUGCUAGUAGCUCUCGCAGUGAUAGUUUUGACUUGAGUGAUUGAUGGAAAGCGAUGGUUUUUUUAUAUUAUGGUGGGAGUAUAUAUUAUGUUGAAUUUGGAUUUGUUUUGUUUUUUUUUUUUUUAUUUAUUUUUUAUUUUAUUA